AUGGUCGCCCCGGCCAUCGCUGCCGGCCACCCGGAGGCGGUCAUUGUUGACCGCACGACCCGUGGUGGCCGUCGCCUCUGGUACCAUCUCGAGGUCAUUCAGCAGCCCGAGCGUGCUCGCGCCUGCGGUGCUGGUCCUAAAUCUUCUGCCGACCGUCGCCCAGUUGACCCGCCUCCCGUUGUCGAACUCCGUAUCUUCGAGGGCCCCUCCAUGGAGCAUGCCAAAGACAUCACUUUCACCUACAACGCCAACUUCUUCCUCUUCGCCACUCUCGAGCACGCUCGCGUCAUUGCCCAUGGCCGUCUGCAACCGCCCUCGGCCGCCACCCCGCCUGUUUUGACCGGCAUGCCUGUCUCUGGCAUGGCGUACCUCGACCGUCCGAAGGAGGCCGGCUACUUCCUAUUCCCCGAUCUGUCUGUCCGCCAUGAGGGCCGCUACCGCCUCACCUUCAACCUGUUCGAGCAGACGAAGGAGUUUGCCGAUCUCGACAAGGAGAACCCAGAUGGUGCUGCCCACACGCCCGAGUCCUUCGACUGGCGCAUGGAGGUCAAGUCCAACGACUUCAUGGUUUUCAGCGCCAAGAAGUUCCCUGGUCUCACCGAGAGCACUGCUCUGUCACGCACUGUCGCCGAGCAGGGCUGCCGCGUCCGCAUCCGUCGUGAUGUGCGCAUGCGCCGCCGCGAGGGCAAGUCGUCUACGUCCGGUGUUGCCAGCAGCAGCGGCGACGCUCUUGCCAAGGAGGAAUACGUUCGUCGCCACCGCACACAAACGCCCGAGGUUGUUGCCGACUACCGCGCCCGCUCCAUGAGCACCGAGAGCGUUAGCCGCACGCCUUUCGUCCCCGACGCCAACCAUGCCCCGCGCCGCCCAUCUAUGACCGACUACCACCACAGUGCUGCCCCGUCACCGCAGUCCGGCCCGUCAAUGCCUCCAGGCUUCGGCGCCAGCUCUGGUGGCCCGCACACGACCAACAGCGCCCACCUGCGGUUCGGUGGCAACCAGCCCAACGCCUUUGCACAGCCCUCAUCGGUUCCUCCAUCGCCGACGACCUACUCCACACCAACGCACUCGUACGCGCAGCCAUCGCAGCCGCAACAACCGCAGCAACCGCCUCAGCACGCCCAACACCACUCCACCUCGUCCUUCUCUGCCCCGUCUCCGUCGCCGUCUCAUGUCAACACUGCGUCCCCGCCUCCCAACUCCUCCCACUCGUACUACCAGGACCGCCCAACGUCUCAGCACUACACGACGGCACCUCCGCCUGCGGCUGCUCCUGCACCAUCGCCCAAGCGCGAGUCGUUUGACUACCACAGCCGCGUCUCGAGCAAGUACACGCCUGCGCCUCUGGCGAUCGAGCCCGCCGACGAUCAUCGGUCGGACAGCCGCAUGAUCUCUCCUGCCGAGUCCAAGACCCUGACUUUGCCGUCUCUCAGCGAGAUGAUCUCCUUCCAGGACGAGAAGCGUCAAGCACCACCACCGCCGCCGCCCAGCAGCCACAACCACACCACGUCUCCCAACAGCGACCGCGUCCCCUCGCUUAGCCAGCUGCUUCUCCCACAGCCUGUUCUCGCGCAUUCGUCUGGACCUGCGAGCCAGUCGGCUCCGUCGGCGCCAGCUUUGCAGAAGAAGCGGUCUUAUGGCCAGUACAACAACUUGGACCCUGUGGCCGAGGCAUAUGCAGCCAACACCGCUGUCAAGAAUCACGCUCGGCAGGUUGAGCCCCCGCGCGAGCACGAGUAUGAGCAGCUCUGGUGGAAGCGUGCCGACGGUUCCGUCUGGACGGCACACGGCGAGGUCACCCGGUAA